AUGCGUCAGUUUAAAUCCAGAGUAGUAGCAAAUACAGAGACUGGUGAUGAACGGAUGGACUAUCUCGAGCAGUAUACUACAGGUGAGGCAAAUACAAUUGUCAGUGGAUUUGGUUAUCUAGAUGCAAGUAGAGGCUACCCAGCUGCAUUAAAAGAAUUAGAAGAUCGCUAUGACAAUAGUGAAAUAAUAGCCAGUGCCUAUAUUAAAAGGGCUAUGAAGUGGCCUUCUAUCACAGCAAGUAAUGCAAAGGGACUGGACGAGUAUGUAAUGUUUCUCUCAGAAUGUGAAAAUGCGGUUAAAAGCAUUGAGGCUAUGAAGAUUCUAGAUUAUCCUGAUACAAUAAAAAUGCUUGUCAGUAAAUUGCCAUACCAGCUUCAUGAAAGGUGGAGAUCUAGAAUUCUGUCAAUCAACGAAAGAAGCGAUGUAGUAGAAUUUAGCGACUUGGUGAGUGUUGUAAAGUUAGAAGCUAAGAAAGCUUACGAUGCAGUGUAUGCUAAAGAUGCAAUGAAUGCUGACCGAGAUGAUAAUGUCAGAAAAAAUAGCCGAAAGAAUACACAGUCCAGUCGAUCUAGGGGAAUUUACGCUACUACACAGCCAUAUUGGCAACGAGAAGAAGGGGCAGCAGCUCAUAGCCCACCAACUACUAAUUAUAAUAAAAACACUGCAAAUAGCUACACCCAUGAUAACAAGUGUGCUAAAAAUGCAGCCACCAGGCCCUGUCUUUUCUGUGGAAAAACUAAUCAUUCUAUGGAUGCCUGUGGAGGAUUUUCUCAGCAGUUAAUAAGAAAGAGAUUGGAUUUCUUGAAGAGCCAUGGCUUCUGUUUUGGGUGUCUAAAAGCAGGUCACCAGAGAAGAGAGUGUUGUAUAAAGGCAUCACGCACAAAGGAAGGGUCUGACAAAGACAAUGGUAGAGGCUGGUACAUACCACACCAUGGGGUCUACCAUCCGAAAAAGCCUCAGAAGAUAAGGACAGUGUUUGACUGCUCUGCUAAGUGUCAAGGAAUGGCUCUUAAUGAUUUGCUUUUACAAGGGCCAGACUUGACUAAUAAUUUAGUGGGUGUCUUGCUCCGUUUCAGCAAUAAUGGGAGAUAUAGAAGCCAUGUUCUAUCAGGUUAA